GGCCUUCGUCGAAUCACGUGACCUAUUUACAUGUUUUUUUUUACAUACGUGUGAAGUGUGAACGUAUGUCGUUCGAAAUGUCGCGUGGACUAAAUCCACCGUGACAAUAAAAAUAUAUUAUUCAUAAAUUCGCAAAUUGCAUAGACAACGUUUAUCAAAACUGCUGGGGAAGAUCGCGUUCUCGAUGAAUCCGGUAGUCUGUCCCCGCACCGCCGUGAUAAUAUCUAUCAAUUUUGAUUUUGGAUAUUCGCCACGGUGAAAAAAAGUGAACAGUUGAGAACAAAAGGUUGCGUUGGGUGUGUGAAAAACAUCGUCCUCUAAGCUGGUUUAUUCCACGAAAGAUUGGACAAAUAUCCAAGAAUCGUUAAGCCACGAGAAAAUGGCAACUUCGGACAGCGACGAUUUCGAGAGCGCUGACGAGGAACUCGUAGCUGACGACAUAACGACGAGGAAAUCGAGCAAUCAACGACAAUGGCAAAAUACUACAUCCACGAUCGGCUCCGAUUCGGACGAUGACAACGAGUGCAUGCCAGUCACUACGAAAAACUUGACUACCCGGAAUUCAGGAAAUUGCAGCAUUCAGAGUUCUGGCCAGGGCCGAAGAUCGCGCUCUAAUUUUGCUGCUGAUAAACAUUCUUCGGUUUCGCUGGAACCUCCUGCUGUUACAGAUUCUUCUACAACUGAGAACGUUUCGAAAAUUAUUGAAAAAACUAAGAGAAACGAAGUAUUCACUAAAAACAAAUUCAUGAAUCCCAGAGAAGAAAAAGAUGAACGAGUCUCAAAAAAAUUGGUCACGCAACAUGAAAACUCUGAAACUUGGGUUCAGAACCAAUGUAAAAACAAGAUGGAAGAAAAAUUAUUGGCAAAUGAAGCUUGCCCCUUGAGAGAUGCUAGAAAUAAAGAAACAAUAGAAAAUUCGUGCAUGUCCCAGAGAAAUAUAAAAACUCGGGUUCAAACGGAAAGUAACAAGCAAACUGUUGAAACUUUAGCUAAAACCAAGUACUGUUCCUUAAAAGAAGAAUUGGAUGCGGAAACCACAAAGAAAGCUCCUGUGACACAAGAAAUCGGCGGUAUCGCAGAACAGAUGGGGAGUACCGGACAAAAAGAAGAAAGAUUCUCAAGAGAAAGUAAAAGAGAAAAGGUACUCUGUCAAAUGAAAUCAAAAGACAAGGAGGCUAAUCUUGGAACAAAAAAAUUGGGAAGUAAAAUAACUGGCGGUCCAAUAUCGCUUACCUCAGAUUUGGUGCACGAGGAAUUGAAAAUUAAAGCCCUAGCGCACGACAAAGAACCUCCCGUUAUAGAGGAAUGCUGGGAAUUUGACGAAGAAGAGACAGCUAAGAUUCUCAAAGGCCUUAACAAAGUUGACAAAGUCAAAAUGCCAGAAGAACUGAGAUCAGAAAAAAAGUUCAAAGAGAUCUUCAAACCGGACGGAUGGGAGGGCUUGGACGACAAAACUAUUCUGUCCGAAUUCGAAGACAAUGAUAAAACCAGAUCCGCUUUGCCAAAGAUGAGAGAACCGGAGAACUCGGGAUGGGGCAGUUGGGGCAGUUGGGGUGUUGCCUCUCUCUUAAAUUCUGCAACUGCAGGAGUUACCACAUUGACCAGCCACGUCACGCACGGUCUUACUCUUCUCGAUGAAGCCAUGGGUGCGCCAACUCCCGAGGAACUCAUUCAAAAUAACGCGACCAAUGAGAAUUCAAUAACUGACAUUAAUGAGUCUUCCUGUCUGAACGACGAAAUCCAGCCACCGCAAGUUUCUUUCGGAUUCAACGACCUAUUGUCAGGAGUAUCGUCCAUCACCAAACUAGUUGAGACAACCAGUAGUAAAGUAAUAAGUGGUGGUUUAGAAACGCUCGAAACAAUAGGCAAAAAGACAAUGGAAGUUUUGCAAGAGGGUGAUCCAGGAUUGAAGAAAAAACGAGCAUUUUUCUCAAACGAGAGUGACAAGCCAAUAUUAUCGCAAAUGUUGCGAGAAGCUAAAGAAAAGGCUGAAGCCGAAGAGAAAUCUCUUGAGGAAAAACAGCUGUCGAGACAGGUUCAUUUCGAAAGUCUUUUCGACGAUUUUCAGGGCCUCGUACAUUUGGAAGCAUUAGAAAUGUUGUCAAAACAGUGCAACAUGAAAAUUCAACAGAGGCUCGUUACUCUGGAUGCGGACGAACUCGCCUCUAUCCAAGAAACCCUCCAAGAGGUCAAAGAACUUUGCGACCUCGGUGACGAAGAGGAAGAGGAAGAGGAAGAGAAAGAUGAGGGAAAGAGCGAAAAUGAUUUGGAACAAAGACUCAAAACUGCAUGCCAAGAUUUAGGGAUUUCCAUUAAUUAUGACAAACUCGAAGAUAUCUGGAAAGACACGAAAACAUACCUAACAAAUGUAUCGUCGGAUGAAUCGACGGUCGUCAACCGUCAAGUUUUUCAAAUGGCAGUGUCGACCUUGGCACGUUUUACCGCUUUUUCCGUUGAGCGAUUCCACAAAACUGCUGAACUAUUGUUGGUCAAGGAACGUCGAAGCACCGUAAACGAGGCCGAUGCUCUCGUUCAACUCACGCGAAUUCUGUCCGGACAAAUUGGCAUUGCCGCCAAUAUGUUCUCCAAUUGGCUGAACGAGCGGAUUAAAAAAAAUAAAGAGCCCGACACCGGAAUAGACAUCACAACUAUUUUUCUCGAGGCCGCCAACGCGAGUUCUUACAUUCAAGACGCAUUCAGAUUAUUGAUACCGAUAUUACAAGUCGGGGCGAUAUAAUUGUAAGCCCGCGCCAUCAUCCUUGUAACGAACGACUGUCGGAGCCAUUUUUUCUAAAAUAUUUUCUACUACAGAACAUGAAUGACGAUUAUAGAGAAAAAUUGAGGGUGAUGCACGUCUGUGCAUUAAAAGCAUGGAUCAGUCGGUAUUUUAUCGCAAUCCCUGCGAUAGAGAUAUAGCUGCAAAUUUUGUAAGGAACAUUUUUCAACAUCGUUCGUCCGAACGGGAUAAAAAUGAAUCGGCACAUUUCUGUCAUCGUUCUGCGUGGGUUGAUUCAUUUUUAUCGCGAUCGAACGAACGGUAUUGAAAGAUUUCAUCUCGAAAAAUUCUAGGUGCGCUUAGCAGUACUGAUGAUCCACUCUCUUAAUUAAACUCCCAACAGUAUUCAAUAUACAACGUUAUGAUUAUAAUAUUUGUUGAUAAUUGAAUAAUAAAUGAAAAACGAUUGAUCGUUUAACUAUUAACGAUGA